UACCCCUCCGCCUCCCUCCUUCCCCGGCCCCGAGAGGGAGGCUCCGCGAUGCGGCUGCUGUGAGCGAGGCCACAGCGGAGGAGGAGGAGGAGGAGGAGGAGUAGGGGGCCGCGGGCUCCAACGGUCGCAGGGCAGCGCCGUGCCGGCCCGGCCAUGAGCGGCGCCCCGCAGCAGCCCCCGCAGCCGCGGCGGGUCACCAACGUCGGCUCGCUGCUGCUCACCCCGCAAGAGAACGAGAGCCUCUUCAGCUUCCUCGGCAAGAAAUGCGUGACGAUGUCUUCAGCUGUUGUUCAAAUAUAUGCAGCAGAUCGCAAUGCCAUGUGGUCAAAGAAAUGCUGUGGUGUAGCUUGCCUUGUAAAGGACAAUCCUCAGAGGUCAUAUUUUAUCAGAAUAUAUGACAUUAAGGAUGGAAAAUUAUUGUGGGAGCAGGAGCUGUACAAUAACUUUGUAUAUAAUAGUCCUAGAGGAUAUUUUCAUACCUUCGCUGGAGAUACAUGUCAAGUUGGUCUUAACUUUGCUAAUGAAGAAGAGGCGAAACUAUUCCGCAAAACAGUAACAGAUUUACUUGGACGACGGCAGAGAAAAUCUGAAAAAAGACGAGAUCCACCCAAUGGUCCAAAUCUACCAAUGGCAACUGUUGAUAUCAAAAACCCAGAAAUUACAACUAACAGAUUUUACACUCCGCAAGUCAACAAUAUUUCAUAUACCAAAGAAAAGAAGAAAGGAAAAACUAAAAAGAGAAGAUUGACAAAGGCAGAUAUUGGAACACCAUCUAACUUCCAACACAUUGGACAUGUUGGUUGGGAUCCAAACACAGGUUUUGAUGUGAACAACUUGGACCCAGAACUGAAAAACUUGUUUGAUCUAUGUGGAAUUUCAGAGGCUCAACUGAAAGACAAAGAAACUUCCAAGGCCAUAUAUGAUUUCAUUGAAAAAACAGGAGGUGUGGAGGCAGUUAAAAAUGAACUGCGCAGACAAGGGCCUCCACGUUGGAGUGCUCCACCACCGCCGCCGCCGUGCAGAGGAGGACCCCCUCCGCCGCCACCACCACCUCCCCACAGCUCGGGCCCUCCUCCUCCCCCUGCUAGAGGCCGAGGGGCACCACCUCCACCUCCCUCAAGAGCCCCGAUAACGGCACCUCCGCCCCCGCCUCCAUCUAGACUAGGUGCCACCGUGCCCCCGCCUCCCCCCAACAGGAUGUAUCCUCCUCCACCACCGGUGCAUUCAUCCUCUGCGCCACCCGGUCCUCCUCCACCACCGCCACCACCGGUCAGCGGGUCGUCUGCUCCCCCACCGCCACCUCCUCCUCCGCCGCCUCCUGGUCCUCCUCCACCGCCAGGCCUUCCUUCAGAGGUCGAUCACCAGCUUCCAGUUCCUGCAGGAAACAAAGCGGCGCUCUUAGAUCAAAUCAGAGAAGGAGCCCAGUUAAAGAAAGUAGAACAGAACAGUCGACCGGUGUCUUGCUCAGGAAGAGAUGCGUUGUUAGACCAGAUAAGACAGGGGAUACAGCUCAAAUCUGUAUCUGAUGGCCAAGAGAGUGCACCACCUACACCUGCACCCACCUCAGGAAUUGUGGGUGCAUUAAUGGAAGUUAUGCAGAAAAGGAGCAAAGCCAUUCAUUCUUCAGAUGAAGAUGAGGAUGAAGAUGAUGAAGAAGACUUUGAAGAUGAUGAUGAAUGGGAUGAUUGAUCAUAUAUUAUAUUAUAUAUAUAUUUUUUAAGGUGAAUGAUAUACUAAACACUACUUUCUGUCUAUGGAUUCUGUAAAAUUAUUAUGUAAAUGUUCUACCAAUUUGCUGUAUAUUUUUGUUGCCUUUUGCUUUUUUAUUAAUCUGUGCAAUACCUCAUUUAAUCUGUAAAGGUUUGUCAUAAUCCUCUACAAAGCUACUCCCUGUUAAUGUGUGCAAGUUUACACCUGAAUGAUCAUGUACAUGUGAAUACUUUCCAUUCCAUCAGUAAGGGAGUUUAAAUGUAACAUGUGAGACUGACAAAAACCUUAAUGUAAUUUAGUUAUAAUGCAAGAAGGAAAACACUAUUUUCAUACCCUACUUUUUCUGUAUCUAAAUUUUCUUAUUAAAACCUAGUAUAGCACUAUGUUCUUUAAGUGAUGCAGCUCUUAGUUUAUUUAGCCCCUUCAUUUCAAAUGCAAUGCUACUUGAAUGUUGAGGCUGUUUUAAUACUAUUGCAUGGUUUCAGAUACAUCACAACGUUGCAGUUCAAAUCUUAGCAGUAUACUUUUUGUAAAACAGAAUCACCACAAUGCACAGCUAGUUGUGAAGAUUGCCUUGCCAUAACUGUAGCAAUACUGACUGCUGUUGAAUAGCAGGAGUAGUUGAAUGCUUUAAUUAGGGAACUCUCCAUCAGAAUUAAACAGGAUGGCUUUAUGUUGUGAUACAGGCAUCUUGGAUGCAGACCGGUUCAGUCCUUUUUUUUCCUAGUUCUUGACUUUUCAGAAUGAAGAAAUGCAGAUUACUGGGGGCUGUACUGAAGGCUCGCAAUUGCUACAGUUUGAUUUAUUUUUAAAAUCAUUUUUAUGUGGUUUUCAAGCUGAAGGGCUGCGUUUAAUGCUUGCUUCAAUAAUGUUUAAUUACUUUUAAAAAUUUGUAGGGCAUUGGUGUACUAAUAAAGUAAACAUAAGCGGGAUUAC